AUGGAGAGGGUGGAAGUGACCCCCGGGACUGGAGAUAGUGGCAGCCCUGGCACUGGAACUGGCACUGCAGUUGACAACGACGGCACCAGAAGAAAAUCAAGAGGAAGGGCACCGGCUGCAGCCAAUGAUGGGCUGCAGUCAGAGCCAGCAGUUGCAGAAGAUUCAAAGGCACCUGUAGCAAAGACGACAGCGGCAAGGGACGCGGUGACACUUUUUGGACCUGCGACACCGGCGGCAUACGAUGGCGACAGAAAGGGUGAUGGCAACACCCGGACUGUUGGCCAUAGCAGCGACCACGACGGCAUUAAGAGUAGUAGCAACAUUAGUACUACUCCAAAGGUUAUGCUCGUCCGCCGAAGAAGAGUAUAUGCCAAGAACGAGAAGGGCAUCCUUACAGUCAGCCAGCGUCUUCUCAUGCGCGACGGUGGCGAUGGUAGUUAUUAA